CACUUGAAAGGCUAUCCUCUCUUUUUCCCUUGACCACUCUUCUCGCUUCCUCUUGCACCUCAAUUUCAUCACAAUUUGGUUGCCUGCGUGUUUCGUUCACUAUUGCUAGUUUAGUUGCCUUCCUUCCAGUGCGUGGAGCGAAUGCCGUGAACCAAUGCUGCACUGGUAGUGAAUCUCCCAUUGAGCUCUAGUGAUUUCUAAUUACCGCUGGCAUUGGUUUGCGAUUCUUGGGGUGUGGGUUUGAGAAGAAGCUGAGCAAGCUGCUACGUGACCAGCUUCGCUUGUGUCCUGGUGAUUGAUUUUGGUUUGUUGCGGCGUUUGGAAGAGAGGAGGUUGUGUAAAGUGAAUUGGGCAGAAUUCAAAUGACAAGCAUAGGGACUGCUUCCUCUCUCGCAAGAGGUAAUCUUGUGCGGCGAAUUAAUAACAUUCCUCACCUUUGCUUCCAUCCCCUGCUACAUGUGGGAUCCCUUCCUGUUACUGCUAGAUAUCCUGUUAGUUUCUUAGAGCCUGAAUUCCAUGGAAAAGUCUCUCAAAGAAGAUGUAGUAUUGCUGCAACGAAUACGAACUCAAAUUCCUUCGCCAAUUGCCACUGUAGCUCGACCAAUGGCGCACUAUGUAAGCUCAGAUUUGGCUUGAGGAGCGGGGGUGGAAGACGGCAUGGAAUUAGGGUUCCCAAAUCAACGGAGGACGGAGGAGGGGAGAAAGGGGGCGGAAACUCCUCCUCUGCUACGACGGAGGAGUCAGAGAAAGAUCCCAACUCCUCUGAUUCGUCUUCUUCUCCUUCAACAUCUCCAGCAGAUGACGUGCCCAAAAAAGAUGGCGCGCAACUUGAUGCCUUCAAAUUACUGGAGCUCUCUGGCCUUGAGAAAGUAGAUCCAGAAGACGUGAAACUUUUUAAGGAGAAGUUGUGUGGCUACACAACAUAUUGGGUGACUGGGCAAGAGCCUUUUGGAAAUUUAGGCCAAGGCGUGCUUCUUCUAGGAAAUCUGAGAGGGAAUCGAGAGGAAGUUUUUGCAAAAUUGAGCAAUGGCGUGCGGGAGUUGUUUGACUCAAAGUAUGAUCUGUUCAUGGUGGAGGAACCAAAUGCUGAGCAACAAGAUCCCAGAGGUGGACCCAGGGUUAGCUUUGUCUUGCUCAGGAAAGAGGUCUCAGAUCCAGGCGCGACCUCAUUCUGGCAGUACGUUGUAGCUGUGACAUUGUUCGCUCUCACUGCAGGUUCCUGCCUUGAGCUUGGUAUUUCAUCGCAGAUAUCGAAGCUUCCACCAGAUGUCUUGCAAUACUUCUCGAAUCCAGAUUCGAUAGAACCUCCCGAUUUUCAGCUAUUGGUUCCAUUUGUAGACUCUGCGCUUCCUCUCGCAUAUGGAGUUUUUGGGGUUCAGCUCUUCCAUGAGGUGGGACACUGGCUAGCAGCAGCACCCAGAAGAGUGAAGCUGAGCAUUCCCUAUUUUGUUCCCAAUAUCACCUUAGGCAGUUUUGGUGCAAUCACUCAGUUCAAAUCUAUAUUGCCCGACAGGAUGGCAAAAUUCGACAUCUCUUUAGCAGGCCCUUUGGCAGGGGGACUUCUGUCGCUUUCAAUGUUGAGUGUAGGACUAUGGUUAUCGGUGGGCUCUGAGGCCACUGAUGAGCUUGUACAGGUGCCCAGCGUGUUGUUUCGAGGUUCUCUUCUAUUGGGAUCUGCUACCCGAGCAGUCCUGGGCGACAAUGCCAUGCGUGCUGCAGUAGUUCCCAUUCAUCCACUGGUAAUCGCGGGCUGGUGUGGGUUGACUACGACCACCUUCAAUUUGUUGCCAGUAGGAUCCCUUGACGGCGGGCGUGCUAUGCAGGCCGCAUUUGGAAAAAUGCCUUUAAGAAUUUCUGGCUUCUUUUCCUAUUUGCUGCUCGGUCUUGGAUUGCUUGGAGGAGAUCUGUCAUUGCCGUGGGGUUUAUAUAUACUUAUUCUUCAGAGAGAUCAAGAGAAACCCUGCUUAAAUGAUGUCACUGAAGUUGGUACUGUUAGGAAAGUAGGCCUCUCGUUAGCGUUACUACUUGCUUUGGGCGUGUUAUUGCCCCUUUGGGAUGGGAUUGUAGAGGAAGCCAGCACCUCACUUUUUUGAAUAUAAGUGUUCACAUCUCCCAAUAGUAUCUAUGAUUUUGUUUAACUUAUUAUUCAAUUUUACAUGAAAGGUACAUACAGUAAUGUUUCAUGGGUUAA